UCCCUGCAACCUCAUCAGCUCUCCACAACACACCAGUCACCACCAGCUAGCUGCUUUCUCACUAGCCCUAGCUAGUUCAUUAGCUAGCAAUGGAGCACUUCAACAAAGCCCUAACAGCAUUGUCCGCCACGCUGCUGCUGGUGCUGCUGGCUCCUCUCCUCAUCAUGGCCGCCGACCCCGACCCUCUCCAGGACUUCUGCGUCGCCGACCUCAGCGGCACGCCGUCGGUGAACGGCCACCCGUGCCUGCCGCCGUCGGCGGCGGGCGACGAGUUCCUCUUCUCGACCAGGAUCGCCACCGGGGGCGACCCGCUGGCGAACCCGAACGGCUCCAACGUGACGGAGCUCGACGUGUCCGAGUGGCCCGGCGUGAACACGCUCGGCGUGUCCAUGAACCGCGUCGACUUCGCGCCCGGCGGCACCAACCCGCCGCACAUCCACCCGCGCGCCACCGAGGUCGGCCUGGUGACCCGCGGCGAGCUCCUCGUGGGCAUCAUCGGCAGCCUCGACUCCGGGAACCGGUACUACUCCAAGGUGGUCCGCGCCGGCGAGACCUUCGUCAUCCCGCGCGGCCUCAUGCACUUCCAGUUCAACGUCGGCAAGGAGGCGGCCACCAUGGUGGUGUCCUUCAACAGCCAGAACCCCGGCAUCAUCUUUGUGCCGCUCACGCUGUUCGGGUCCUCCCCGCCCAUCCCGACGCCGGUGCUCGUCAAGGCGCUCCGGGUGGACGCCGAGGUCGUCGAUCUCCUCAAGUCCAAGUUCACCGGUGGGUACUGAUGAAGUGAGAGCCGGCUGGUCCCACCAUGGCUUCGCGGAUUUAUCCUCCGUAGGCAAUCGGUCGAUGCCCAUCCGGAUCAACAACGUACUACAAUUUGAUGUCACAGGCAGCUAUAAAUAAUGUCGAUGUCAGAAAUUAUGCUUCGGUUAAUAAGGGGUCGUGAUAAUAAGGAAUAAGUUAGAUGGCCUCGAGGUUCGGGGAAUAAAAAUGUAUUUGCUCAUUUUUCAUGUGUAAUGUAACAAAUGAAACUACAUAUGUGUGUGUUUUUAAUGUUUGAUUAUGUCUAAGAAACCAAUCAAUGCGAUGGAAUCGGA